GUUAAACUCAUUUUUGCAAUUUUACAAUCUGGAGAAAGUUUAGUUGAAGACCGACCAUGAUCCAACAUAUAACAUUAACGAUUGUUUUAAUUUGCACUCAUCAAACAGUUUCAGCCUCCUUAACAAUAACUUUUAACCCUCUUCAAGUGUGCAUUUGCCCUCCAAUAUUCUCCACUUCAGGAAGACUAUUUGGAGGAUCUACUUGCUGUACGCCAUCAACGCCAAUUAUACGACAGGCAGUUGUUCUUCUUGGAGGAAUUGAAGUCAUAAAUAGUGAUGGGACCGGAGGUAAAACGGAGACCUUUUCUUGCAAUGUAACAGUUAGUGAUACUGAACCACGGGGGGGGCUAGACGCUGCUGUUCUCAACGAUCAGCUGUUCUACUGCGGAGGAGCAUACAUUGGAGUGGACUUCAUAACCAAGGAAUGCUAUAGAAACGAUAAAGGUAACUGGCUGACAGUUGAAAGCAUGACUGAAGAACGAAUUUUUCACUCCAUGACUACGGUAGGAUCACUCAUUCUUGUUAUGGGAGGAUUUAGUACCAUGGAGUUCAGGGCUUCUGUUGAGGCGUUUGAUGGAUUGAGAUGGAUCAAACUCCCAUAUAAACUUUCCAGUCCAAGAGCCGAACAUUGUGUGGUUCCCAUUAGCAGCACUGAAGUUGUGGUUAUUGGAGGUUCCUACAGCGAGAGACCUGAUCUAAUUGUUGAAAAGUACAAUAUUUAUACAGGUUUGGUUUCUACAAUUCCAAGUAAAUCUCCUGAAACAAAAGGGCAUGCUUGUGCUUUAAAAGACAAGGAUAUCUACAUCAGUGGCGGAUUUCAGUUCGACGACGGAAUCGGACAAUCCUUUUCCAGUGUUCAAGUUUUAAACAUUGAAACCUUGCAAUGGAGGACAAUACCUUCAAUGAAUUUUAAGCGUGUUGGACAUACAAUGGAGAACCUUAAUGGAGUUAUCACUGUGUUUGGAGGAAGAAAUGGAUUCAGCUCGGGAGACUCGGCUCAAAAAAGAACCUUGGAGAAGUUUGAUGGUUCUAAGUGGACUUUAGAACAAAUGCAGUUUGAACAUCUUGACCAUGCAUCAGCUUUGGUACCCUGUGAUUAACUAGGUUUGAAUUUAACAUUUUUUUCCCCUAAAAAUAAUUUGGAUAAAGAUUUUCUUUUCAUGUGAAUUUUAUUUCAAGAAUUUUACUUUAUUUAUUAUCAAAUUAACAUCUUCUGAACAAAAUAUUGAAAAUUUAAAUUUCGGCUAAACCUUUUAAUUCAAAGUUCAUUAUUUUUAUAAUUCUCAAAAACUCCAUAGUAACAUAUUAAUCACAAUACAUAGAAGAUUCACAAAACAAACUUGUAAUUAAUAAGUUGGCUUAUUAAGAAGACAAAAAACCGCUAAAACUACCAAAAAAUCUUGGCUACUUUUUAUAAUUUUUCAAACAAUAGAUAGAAGGCAUAGAUUUAUUAUACGGUAACCGCCCAAAAAGUUCUUAGAAAAAAAUUUCUGGAAAAAAGUCAGAAUAUUUCGGACUAAAAAAGUUCCUUUUUUAAAAAGUCUCUGGAAAUAAAAUCCUACCAAUUUGAGAAUUUAUUUACUAGGACUUUUUUUUCUGGCUCCGGAUGAUUUUAUAGAAAAAAAUCCCGAGAAAAAAGUCCCAUGAACACGCACGGGAACAAAGGAUGUUUACAGCCAUGCAAAAAAGGGGCAAUUGAUAUUAAAAACACCCAUUACUAUAUUUUAAGUAAUGCAUAAAAAAGUGUUUUUUUUUAGAAAAAGCGUUUUAGACUUGACCUCAUUUUCACAAGAUUUAGAACUUUUUUUCUUAAGUUUUUUUUCAUUGGAUAUAUUUUCUUAAGGACUUUAUUUUCUGCAAUCUUAUCUCCUAAGACUUUAUUGGUGAAGCCCCCAUACUAUUUCAGGAAAAAGAGUCCCAGGAAUCCAAAACACAGGACUUUAUUUUCACUGACAUUUUUUCCAAGGACUUGAUAAAAUUAGGACUUUUUUCCAAAGUUUUUAUUUCCAGAUUUGUUUCGGAAACUUUGACUUUCUUACACAGAUUGAUUUAUACAUGAUUGAUGCAUGAUUUAUUGGAAAAAUAUUUUAAAAUACAUUAUUAAACUAAGUUAUGGUUAAAUAAAUAUUCAAUUAAGGGUGGACGGGGCACAAUUAUCCCAUUACACGCACCUCUGCCCCUUUAAUAAAAAUAAAUUCAACCUAUAUGAAGCAUAAAGUCUGACCGCGUCAACCUUGUUUCACCGGCUAUUCCUGCCCAUAAAGCUAGGUACAGUACAAACUGGAACUGGAAAGGUUGGCCCGGCUCGGAGAUUCAAAUGUACUACGGCUGCCCGUGAUUAUUUAGUCUUCUGUUUCAUGUUGUUGGGAUGAAUAAAUACAUUAAUUCUA